AUGGUCCAAAUCACUUCCUUGGCCGUUGCUGCCUCCCUCGCAUCCUACGCCUGUGCCAGCCCAAUUGACGAUCUCAUCAACCGGUUCAAGAUCCCUCUCGCGUCCGAGAAGCUCCAAAACGAUAUCAAAUUAUCGGCGCUGCAGUCCCACGCGAGGUCGCUCCAAAGAUUCGCAGAUAGGUCGAACGGAACCCGUGUCUUCGGCUCGCAAGGUCAUAAUGAAUCUGUUGACUAUGUAGCCAAACUCGCAAGACUCGCUGGAUACGAAGUCCAGAGGCAAACCUUCCCCUUCCCUUACUCCGAGGUCUUAUCUCAGAGGUUCGAAGCUGGCUCGCCCAUCAACAUCAGUGCCAUGACCUUCUCUCCAUCUACUCCGUUGGGCGGCCUUACCGCGCCACUUGUCCACAUUCCAGAUGCGGAUACUCCCCCGUCAGCAGGGUGCACUCCAGCUGAUUUUGAAGGAAUCGACGCCACCGGGAAAAUCGCUCUGAUCCAGCGCGGUGAAUGCAGUUUUGCUAUCAAGAACCAGAACGCGAAAGCUGCCGGCGCUGUGGGUGUUGUUGUGUACAACAACGCUGACGGCAGCCUCUCCGGCACUCUUGGCGACCCAAAUGCUGCUGCAUUCGUUCCCAUCGGUGGUAUUAGUCGCGCUGCCGGAGAAGACCUCGUGACAAGGCUAGCAUCUGGUCAAACCAUCGACGCCACGCUCGACAUCAACAUCUUCAACGAGGACAGGUACAGCAGCAACGUUAUUGCUACCUCCAAGGCCGGAGAUAAGAGCAACAUCGUAUUCAUCGGCUCCCACCUUGACUCUGUCCGCGCUGGUGCUGGUAUCAAUGACAAUGGGUCAGGCUCGAUAGCGAUCCUUGAGCUCGCCGUACAGUUGUCGAAGUAUAGGUUGAAGAACGCUGUCCGGUUUGCUUGGUGGACCGCUGAGGAGUUCGGGUUGGUUGGCUCCGAACACUACGUCGCAAACCUUUCAGAGGAAGAGCGAAAGAAGAUUGCGCUCUACAUCAAUCUGGAUAUGGUCGCGAGUCCCAACUAUGUCCACGCAGUUCUCGACGGUGAUGGUUCCUCUGGACUCAACCCAGGGCCAACCCCACCUGGCUCAGGUGCAAUCGAAAAAGUCUUCACCGACUAUUACGCAUCGAAAAAGAUUCCCAGCGUCCCAUCAGCGUUCAACGGCCGCUCCGACUAUGGCCCUUUCAUCGCUGAGGGUAUCAACAUCCCCUCUGGAGGCAUCUUCACCGGCGCUGAAGGUAUCAAGACCGAAGAACAAGCCAAGCUCUUCGGUGGUUCCGCUGGCGUUGCGUACGACGUGAACUAUCACGGAGCCGGUGAUAGCUAUGAUAACCUUAACUUUAAAGCAUUCGAAGCAAACGCCAAGGCCGCGGCGCAUGCUGUUGCUACCUUUGUUGCUUCAACGGCUGUCGUGGAGAAGGAAAAGACCUCGACCGUUAACCCCGGUCUGAGACUUGCGUCCGUACCGAACACUCUGCCGAAUGACGCGCUGGGAGUGCAAGGGAAGGACUUCUGCACUGGUGAACUAGCUUGA